CAUACAACGUGUAGACAAACUGUCUACCAACUUAAACACUCGGGAAAAAAUGAAGAUCGUGGACAGGGAGCUAGAAAUCAAUCAUUACCCAAAACCCCUUCGGCGUCGACUCAUCAACUGCCAGCUAUGUAACCGUUCCAGCAACGGCAACCAACAACAACAACAACAAACGCAACAAGCCGAACCGAGCCACCAGCAGACAAACAUCUGCUACCGAUCCAUACCAAACAUCCCAACCUUGUCACAAACUAUAGCCAAAACACUCAAGCAGGACUACCCGGAGGUACGGUUAGCUUUCCGCAACACCAACACUGUGGGCUCAAGCUUCUUCAGCAACAUGAAGGACAAGGUGCCCACGGAGAACCACACCAACGUCAUCUAUGCUAUCCCAUGCAACGAAUGUGAGAGUUCGUACAUCGGGAUGACAACAACGCAGCUGAAAACGAGGAUGUCGAGCCACAGAAGCGACAUAAAACGGUUGGACGAGCUGCUACAGGCGGGACACACCACUGACGACUACAAGAUAGCCGAGCUGAGGCAGAAAACAGCUUUGCUCGAGCACAGCAUCGCAAAACAACAUUCUUUCGACACGAAAAAAGUAAGAAUCUUAGACCAACACAACCGUGGUACAGCUCUACCAAUCCUAGAGAUGUGCCAUAUCACGAACAAUAACCAUACCGUAAACAAACGUACAGAUACAGAGGGCCUGAGUAUUAUCUACGCAGGAUUACUACACACACUUAAAACUAAAAACUAUAAACACAGAAAACCCAACACAGUAACACCGGGUGAAACAGAACAAGAAUAGUAUUCCCUCCCUUCUCCCACAUUUGACCCACAUUUAGUACACAAAAUGACCCAAAUUCUAGCCAUGCCUUUGACGCUUUUUGGUGAACAAACCGCCAUUAAGCUCCGUUCGAUUGAAAUUGACCGUUUCGUGG